CAUGUCUACCCCGCAACUUCCGUUUCCUUUUCCAUCGCGUUGCCGUUCGUUGCUGAGUCCUUAAAUUUCCGCAAGGUGUCCCUACACACUUUUCAAGAUGGGUAGGGAGGAUAAGGCAUCAUGGAAGUCCAAUUACUUCACCAAACUUGUCCAACUACUCGACGACUUUCCGAAGUGCUUCAUCGUCGGCGCGGACAAUGUCGGCUCGAAGCAGAUGCAACAGAUCCGCAUGUCGCUGCGUGGCAACGCGGUCGUGCUUAUGGGAAAGAACACCAUGAUGAGAAAGGCGAUUCGCGGCCACAUCGAACGUAACGCGGCGUUGGAGAAGUUGCUGCCACACAUCCGUGGUAACGUCGGAUUCGUCUUCACCCGCGGCGACCUGAUCGAGGUGAGGGACAAGCUGCUGGAGAACAAGGUGCGCGCGCCGGCCAGGGCUGGGGCCAUCGCGCCCUUGAGCGUCAUCAUUCCGGCGCAGAAUACGGGACUUGGGCCUGAGAAGACCUCGUUCUUCCAAGCCUUGAGCAUACCGACCAAGAUCUCCAAGGGUACUAUUGAAAUCAUCAAUGACGUUCACAUCCUGAAGCCUGGCGACAAGGUGGGGGCUUCCGAAGCGACGCUCUUGAACAUGCUCAACAUCUCUCCCUUCUCGUACGGUUUGCUGGUCGAACAGGUGUACGAUUCCGGCACCAUCUUCGCGCCCGAGAUUCUAGACAUCAAACCCGAGGAUCUGCGCGAGAAAUUCAUGGCCGGGGUUGCCAACUUGGCGUCGGUUUGCUUGACGAUCGGCUACCCGACGGUUGCCAGCGCGCCGCACAGCAUCGCGAACGGCUUUAAGAACCUGCUCGCGGUCGCUGCCGUUACCGAGGUUGAAUUCGCCGAGGCCACCACCAUCAAGGAAUACGUCAAGGAUCCCACAAAGUUCGCCGCCGCCGCCGCCGCCGUGGCGGCUCCGGUGGCCGCGGCCGCCGACGCUCCCGCCGCGGAGAAGAAGGAAGAAAAGAAGGAGGAGUCGGAGUCGGAGGACGACGACAUGGGCUUCGGGCUGUUCGACUAAAGACAUGCGUGGACGUGCCGUCUGACUCCGUCGGAGGGACGAGAAACGAAUUCUGAAUAAUUUUAUAAGCGGUCGGUUCCGACGGCGAAAUAAAAAGAAGUGAAACCGAGACAA